ACCUUCAGCAAGAUAAACAACAAGAAGAUGGUCGGAGAGGUCGCAGCAGCAGCAGCCCCUUCGUCUAUUGUUUAUGGUGGUGGCUGACGAAAUCCGUCUGGAGAUUUCUUCCGUUUAGAAUAUCGACUGAACGCCGCGAUGGCCGAGGAAGAAUUCAUCUUUGAUCCCAACCUCAAGAAAAAGAAAAAGAAGAAGACCGGCUUUAACUUGGACGCAGCUCUUGCUGAUAGUGGCGGAACCCCAAUUGUUGAACCUUCUCCCACACCAGAAAAUGUUGAGGCUCCGGAACCAAAAGAAACCACACCAGAGAUGGAUGAGAUUGAACUGUUUGGCAAGAAAAAACCCAAGAAAAAGAAGUCAAAACCUUUCAACUUAGAGGAAUUAAAUGAUGCACUGCCCGAUGGUAAAGAGACUUACACCGGUGGAGACGAAGAAAACAUUGACCCUGCUACCACUGUGGUAGCGGAGGUGGAGGACUUUGAUGUUGACAUGGACUUCAGUAAAGCAAAAAAGAAGAGGACAAAGAAAAAGAAGCUCGACACCCUUAUUGCAGAGGAAGAUGCCAUUGAUGAUAAAGAUGGUGACUUGGAGGAGACUGUUGUAUGUGAGGAAAUCAGAGAAUCAGGCGAUGGCUGGACAGGCACAGAGAGAGAUUACACUUAUGAUGAGCUGCUGGAACGCGCAUUUAACCAACUACGUGAAAAGAACCCUGAAAUGGCCACCGGUGAAAAGAAAAAGUUUGUUAUGAAGCCCCCUCAGGUUGUGAGGAUUGGUUCCAAAAAGACAGCCUUCGCCAACUUUUCAGAAAUUUGCCGUCUUCUUCACAGAUUGCCGAAGCAUGUACUUCAGUUUCUUUUGGCUGAAUUGGGUACUUCUGGAAGUAUUGAUGGUAAUAAUCAGUUAAUUAUCAAAGGCAGGUUCCAGCAAAAACAAAUAGAAAACGUUUUAAGAAGGUACAUUAAAGAAUAUGUCACUUGUCAUACAUGUCGAUCUCCUGACACAAUUUUACAAAAGGAUGCUCGUCUCUAUUUUCUUCAGUGUGAGCAGUGUAAUUCAAGAUGUUCUGUAGCUCCUAUCAAGUCAGGUUUCCAGGCUGUUGCCAACAAACAACAGAGACAAGCUAUCAGAGCAAGCAAGAAUUAGGAAUUUGUAUAGUUUUAGUGUAUUAAAUAAAUUUUUUGCUAGAUCUUUAUGUGCGUGGAAGUGGUUUUAGUUUAUAUUGUUGAAAUGACAUCGUGGAAGUGUUUGAUAACUUUGACAAGAGUAAAUCACCUGCUAGGUUCCUUUGAUGCUGUUUAUGUAAUCUUUUUUAAAAAUUCUGUUCACAAUAGCUUUGAGAGGGCUUUUGAAGUUUUCUUAUUUAAAAAAAAAUACAUGACAUCUUCUGUUGUAGCCUCAAAAAGUUGCAGUUUUUCAUGAAAAUGUACUAAAAUUCUAAUAAAAAAAAUCUCCCGUAA